UCUUGUUUUCUUGCUUUCUUGCAGUGCAAGUGCCACUUCUCUGUUGUAUAAAGUUUCCAUUUUUUUGUCUUCCAAGAAUUUUUUAAACCUGUUCUUUUUUACAUAUAUAUUUUAUCCAUGUAUUGAUUUUUUGGGUUCAAGAAAGAGCAAAACAAGCUCAAAGAGACAAGAAAAGGGAAGAAUGGGUACAUCAACUAGCAUUUUUGUGAUUAGAUGUAUCAAUUUUCUCACAGUGCUGUUAGCUGUGGGCAUCGUAGGUUUUGGAAUUUGGAUGAGCGCUCAUCAUGAUGGCUGUCGAAAUUCUCUUACUUUGCCUGUUCUAGGUCUUGGUGGAGUUAUAUUCGUCGUAUCAGUUGUUGGGUUUCUUGGAGCAUGGAAGAACAACUCCAUCUUGUUGUGGAUUUAUCUAAUCAUGUUGUGCUUGAUUUUGAUGGCAAUAUUGGUCUUCACCGUUUUGGCGUUCAUUGUGACGAAUAACGGCUCAGGUCAUAGUGUUACUGGACUAAGGUACAAGGAGUAUCAACUUAAAGACUACAGUUCGUGGUUUCUAAAACAACUCAAUAACACCCAUAACUGGAAGCACCUGAAAAGCUGUCUUGUCAAGACCGAUGACUGUAGUAACCUAUCAAAGAGAUACAAGACUCUCAAGCAAUAUAAAUUUGCAAAACUAACACCUAUUGAAGCUGGUUGCUGCAGACCGCCAUCCGAGUGUGGUUACCCUGCUGUUAAUGCAUCUUACUAUGACUUGAGCUUUCAUCCAACGAGUGCCAUCAAGGACUGCAAGCUUUACAAAAAUUCAAAGAAAGUCAAGUGCUAUAACUGUGAUUCCUGCAAGGCUGGUGUCGCACAAUACAUGAAAACUGAGUGGAGAGUAGUUGCUAUCUUCAACGUGAUUCUCUUUGUCAUCUUGUCGAUAAUCUACUUCGUGGGAUGCUGUGCAAGACGCAAUGCUGCUCGUAGCCGCUCUAAAGUUUGAAACCCAAGAGCUGCAGAAUCCAGAUGAGUUUGUGUUCUUCAGCUGAUCAUGUGCCCGGAUAAGAAUUCAUGUUCUUCAGCUAUUUGUUGACAAACUCUCUGUAAAGCUUUAUUUCAAACAGAAUGAUUCAUGUAAUAUAAAGGACUUUUUAUUUU